GGCCUCGGCGCUCUCCCUCGAGGCUCUGCGCCUGGCACGCAACCGAGGCGCGCCAUGGCGAAGUUGAGCUGCUUUGCUGGGCGGCUGCGGGGCGGCCUGGGCUCGGGGCUGCCGGGAGCCCCCUGCCCCUAUCGGGCUUGGAGGGGGUCAGCCAGCGCGGCGCCCGUGGCCUCUGCCAGCGCGGAGAAGGAGCGGCUGAAGCGGCCGGAGGAGUUGCCGGGGCUGGGGCUGCUCAGGUCCCUCUACUGGGUCCUCGCGAGAGGCUACUUGCUGCACACGCACCGCCUGCAGAUCAUUUCCAAGAAACUGUAUGGUCCAAUAUGGAAGUCCACGUUUGGCUCUUACAAUAAUGUUAAUAUUGGCAGUCCUGAAGUACUAGAGCAGCUGUUGCGUCAGGAAGGAAAGUACCCCAUCCGGAGUGACAUGGCCCUCUGGAAGGAGCACCGGGACAAACGAAACCUGCCCUAUGGCCCCUUCACUGAAGAUGGGGAGCGGUGGCAUCGCCUGCGGCAGGUGCUGAACAAGAGGAUGCUGAAACCUUCAGAGGCUGUGCUGUAUGCUGAUGUCAUUAAUGAAGUGGUGACUGACCUGAUGGUGCACCUGCAGAAUGAGAGGAGGAAAAGCCCCUCCGGGGUGAUGAUCCAAGAUGUGGCUCAAAUACUUUAUCGAUUCGCCUUAGAAGGCAUCUCAUACAUCCUGUUUGAGACCCGCAUUGGCUGCCUGAAGGAGGAGAUCCCUGCUGAGACACAGCAUUUUAUUGAUGCAAUUGGAUCCACACUGAAGAGUUCAGUCUUUGUCACCAUCCUGCCCAAGUGGACCCGGGACAUGUUGCCCUACUGGAACCGCUACUUGCAGGGCUGGGACACAAUCUUUGCCUUCGGAAAGAAACUGAUUGAUCAGAAGAUGGUGGAGUUAGAAAAGAGUCUGGACCGAGGCGAGAAGGUCUCCGGCUACCUAACCUACCUACUGUCCACUGGACAACUCAGCCAUAAAGAGGUUUAUGGUAGCAUAGCUGAGCUGCUGCUGGCUGGCAUAGAUACGACAUCCAAUACCCUCUCAUGGGCCAUGUACCACCUGUCCCAGGACUUGAAGACCCAAGAAGACUUGUACCAGGAGAUCAUCAAUGUGGUGCCCAAAGACCGGAUCCCUGAUGCUGAAGAUCUCUCCAGGAUGCCGUUGCUAAAGGCCAUCAUCAAGGAGACUCUCCGGCUGUAUCCUGUGGUCCCGACCAAUGCUCGAAUCAUUGCAGAGAAGGAUGUGGUUGUCGGAGGGUACAAGUUUCCAAAAGAUACCCUGUUUGUGCUUGCUCACUAUGCUCUCUCACAUGAUGAGACCUACUUCCCAGAUCCAGAACAUUUCCUACCACAGCGCUGGCUGCGAGACCAGAGGGAAUCAGCUCCCCAUCCCUUCAGCUCCAUUCCCUUUGGCUAUGGGGUACGUGCCUGUGUGGGGCGCCGCAUUGCUGAGCUCGAGAUGCAUCUGGCUCUUGCCAGGCUUAUCCGGACAUUCUCAGUCAGGCCAGAUCCAAACUGCAAAGUGGUGAAACCCCUUGCCCGCAUUGUGCUUGUUCCAGACAAGCCCAUUAACCUGAAGUUCCUUGACAGGCAGAGAGUGCUCUGAUUGAUCUAGGACUACAAUCCAAACUCAUCUGGACAGGUUGCAAAGAUUCAGAGCUCAGUUUUGAUUCAGGGGAAGGGGGAGAGUUAGUGCAUCAUUCCAUACCUAGAUCAACAUUGCUUACGAAUUUUCCUCCGUGAGUCCCUGCAGGGCUAAGCAAGAUAUUUGGAUCCUGGUUUUGGCCUGUAAUGUGUACAUAUAUAGGGUGUCCAGAAUAACAAGCACCCUUUUGAAUGGACUGGCUUUGUGGCACACCACUUACUGGCUCCCUACCCUAAGAGUCUCUCUACACAAGACAUCUAAUACGUGAAGAACACAUGUCGGGAGAUGCAAUGGUAGCCAAGAAUGGUAGUUUUAAAAGACCGAGCUGGCAGCAGGGCCAGCUUUUGCUAUACACUGGAGCUGUGUGAAGGGACUGUGAAAUUCCAGAAGGGAAACUUUAGCCCAUUAUAAUCACUCCAGGUCCAAGCCUGGCUCUGGAAGGCAACUCCAGCCCAUUUCCAUUCCUUGCUGCCCUCUGGUUGCCAUCCCACACAGUUUUAGACCUGAGAGGUGAAACUGACAAAGCCUUCUGGGAGGCGAAGAUGAAAUUAACAAACCCGCUGAAGAGCUAUCUCCACCAGCUCUGUCUUUUUAAACUACCCUUCCUGGCUAACAUUGCGCCUCCCUACACUUGACAAACAUGUGCUGAUGUGUCUCAUGUAGAGAGACUCUGAGAUGUGCAAAGACAAAAGGAUAGCUCCUCAAGAUGUUCUUAAAAUGCUUCCUUUUUCUACCUCAGGCCUCCUGCUCUCAAGCAUCUUUUAUAGUUGUACAUGCUGGUAGUAACCGCCAAAAUGGAAUGUUGCAUACAUUCAGCAUUUGAAAGGCAGGUUUGAAGGUGUGCGUUUCCAGGUGUAAAUGCAAUGAUUUAAGUGAGAAAGUUUCCCAGUGCUGCUCAUGCUCUUGCCUAUCAUUAACACACGUUCCCUGGAGCCCCCCAGAGUGAUAUCCCUCCUGUAUGUAUUGAACAAGAAGAGAAAAAUGGCCCUGCUGGUGAUUGAUUUCCCAUCUCACACACUUAUUUUAAGAAACAAAAACUGGUGGAAUAUAUGUUCAACUGGAAGAGAAGGACACAUCUUCCAAAGAAAUAACAUAAAUGAAAUAAAGUGAAUGUACAGCUUGUGCA